AUGGAACAGAAUUUACCAGUAAUCGCCAAGAAAGUAUGGAGCUUGAUGCGAGUCAUGUUGUUGAUGUUAAAAAAGGGAAUUUCCAAAACUAAAUUCUUAGCUGAUCUCAACAUGAUGAUGAAACGUGGUAAGAUCGCCGGAAAAGCCUUACACAACCUUUUGUUCCACCACCACCAUAACUGGGCUGCUUCCACCUUCCACCGCCAUCACCACCACCAGCACCACCUCUCCUUCCCUGCACCAUCCUCCAGCGAUUCCGAGUUCAGUUGCACCACCUCCCCACCUCCAUCACUCUCCCCUUUUUCCACCCACGAAAAAAACCACCGCUCGACCACCCAGAACCCACCUCCGCCAACGGCGGAUGACGGCAUUGAUGAGAUGAUCACUGAUACGGCGGUUAUGAAGAUGCUGACAAGCGCCGCCGCAUCUCCGCCGGCUCUGUUUGGGAGGAGUUUGUUUGUGAAGCAACUGAGGAUAACAGACUCUCCGUUUCCGGUGGGCGACGGUGGAGAAGAUAGUCAGGUGGAUGAAGCGGCGGAGAUGUUUAUAAUGAGGUUUUAUAACGAUUUGAGACGGCAAAAUUAA